UUAGCGUUCAUGCACCACACAUCAACAUCCUGUUGAUUUGCAGGAGCGAUGGAGAAAAACUACAAGCUUAUUGGGGCCGAUGAGCUGCCCAUUAGGCAGCCAGAGGAAGUUCCCCGUCGAUCCAAGGGGUUGAACCAUGCAAUCGUUGGCGUACUCUUCUUCUUCGUUGCUACCUUGAUAUUGACCACGAUCGGGCCAGCAUUCACAAUCGAGCGGCACCGUUGCAUACGCAAGCUCACUAUUGAACAGAGAGCCGCAAGGAUCCUGAAGAAGCAUCCGCUUAUUGACGGCCACAACGAUUUGAUGAUCUUCAUUCGAGGAAAGUACAAAAAUCGCAUCGAUGACAACGAGUUUCAAGAGAAAUUCCAGAAUGGAGGUCUUGCGCUACAUACAGACAUCCCUCGGCUAGAGAAGGGCUUGCAAGGCGGCGCUUUCUGGAGUGCCUUCUACGUCUGUCCCACCGGAGAGAACACUACAGACUUCUCUGAUGAGAGGUACUCAAGCAUUGUCCAGGCUACACUUGAACAGCUUGACCUAUACAAGCGUCUCGGAGACACCUACCCAAAGUACUUUACUCCAUCGUCGAACAGUCACGAAGCAACUAAGGCUUUCGAGAACGGUCGUCUAAUCUCGCCUGCAGUUAUCGAAGGUCUGCACCAGAUCGGCAACUCAGCGUCUAACCUGCGCCUAUACCAUCAACUGGGUGUUCGCUAUGCAACCCUUACCUGGAACUGUCACAACAAGUAUGCAGAUGCUGCCCUGGAGACAAAGUAUAACUCCGAUGCUCGUAUUGCUACUCCAUACUGGAAAGGUCUUAGCCCUGCCGGACGAGACCUCGUCAAGGAAAUGAAUCGCCUCGGCAUGCUCGUCGACCUCGCUCAUGUCAGUACAGACACCAUGAGGGAUGUUCUUGUCGGCAAGAGUGACGGAGAUUGGAAUGGUAGCCUCGCUCCGCCUAUCUUCAGCCACAGUUCAGCCUACGCUAUCUGCCCUCAUCCCCGAAACGUACCAGACGAUAUCCUUCACCUCGUCAAGAAGCGCAACUCUGUUGUCAUGGUCAACUUCAACCCGGACUUCAUCUCUUGCGUGCCAGGCAACUCGUCCUCUGGUCUUCCUGAGACUGUGCCAGCAAAUGCCACACUGCAUCAGGUCGUCCGUCACAUCAAGUACAUCGGCGAGCUCGUUGGGUAUGAUCACGUGGGUAUUGGCACAGAUUACGAUGGCAUCAAAGCGACACCUGCUGGCCUGGAGGAUGUGUCCAAGUUUCCAGACUUGGUUGCUGAGCUCCUACGUCAAGGCGUUAGCGACAAGGACGCGGCUAAGAUUGCGGGGGGCAAUGUCUUGCGAGUGUGGAAGGAGGCUGAUACUGUCGCGAAGAAGCUGCAGAAGCACCUUAAGCCAUUGGUAGACGAUAUUCAG